CGUGUGCCGGUCUUGAGUUUAUUAUGGAACUGGCACUGAGGAAAAGUGCAGUUCCAGAGAGUCGUGAGGACGCAAGCCACACUCAGGCGGCAGACAUGCAACCCAACGAAAGAGACAACAUCCUGCAGUUUCCAGCCACGAUGAUGGGCAGCCAGCGAGAGACUGGGCAGAGGAGAAAAUGGCUGGUGGUGCUCUCCUUCACGGGGGCCAUCCUUCUGGCCAUCAUUCUGACUGCUGUGACCAUGCACUACACAUAUCAUAAAGGAGCAAAGAAUCCUCCCAAAGCUCCAUCAUCGCCAAAGGUGAAGAAUGAACGCCGGGAGACAUGGCGUCGCUACGAGGGUGACUCCUAUCUGUUCUGGCACAGUGAUAAUGCAGACUGUGACAGUGCAAAGGAGUUCUGUGCAGAGAGAAAGGCCAACCUCACCUUAAUUGAUCAGAAUAAUCUGCAAUGGCUGCAAGGCAUGUCAAAAGGAAAGAGGCUAUGGGUACUUCAAGAGUCGGAGGGAUCAGGCUCUGAAGACCAGCAGAACGCAGAGGCUGGUGAUGUGACAUGUGCUCUACUUAAGGCUGACUCUAACAGAAAAUUAGGAGAUGGCUGGGUUUGCAUAAGACGAAGCUGAAUACCCACACAGGAAACACACUCAAAGCACUGUGCCAUCUAAAAAUAUGUAUUUGUUUCGAAACACACACACACGCAUUUCCUCCACAGGCCAUAUAUGGAGGCUAGUAUCCAUGACAUCAAUGUCUGGUUGUACACAGAGGCAAUGUUCCCUGUAGAGACAAACCCACACACUCCUUGGGCUGCAGUCUGAAGGGGGGCACGUGGAGUAUUCAUGCUUAUAUUGUCUGUGUACAUUAAAACAUGUAUACAUAUUUUUUUUUCCACCAAAGAUACAGUUCAACAUAUUCUCUUGAUUAUUUCAUCCAGAGGGAAACCACAACUACAGCGUCACAGUUAUACGUGUUGAGACAACAUAGGGCUCCACGACUGUAUUAUCUACAUAUUUUUACUGUUCCACUGUGAAAUACCUUGACUAAUUGAACAGCACUUUGGUCAACGUGAGUUGUUUUUAAAUGUGCUUUAUAAAUAAAUUUGACUUUGACUUUGGUUUGUUUAACAAAUAUUUUUCUCUUUUCUUUUCUUUUCUUUUCUUUCUAACUGGAUGUGUUCUUUUAUCAGUUAAAUGUAUUGUAAAGUCUUGUGAAUGUAAAUAAAAAGAUUUUGUUGUCA